CGGAAAGCAAGGCAGAUGUCAAGAGAGCUGGUUGCUGGUAUUAGCGUUGAGGUUACCCACAGUCCAAACAAGAAUGUUGCAAUUUAUACUACCUACCAAAGAGAGGCUCAACCUGCUCUGGUUAGUGAGGAAAGUACAAGUAAUAGUGUACCAUCCAUGGGUUCUGUUCCUCCCACCCCUGGAAAGCACCUUGUUGUUCCUCCUGCUCCAGCACAAACGCUUCCUGCCAUGGCAGUUCCUACAAGUUCCAUUGCUCCAGUUCUUCAAGUUCCUAGUAUAAUAUCUCAGCCUUCCACUUCAAGGAAUGAGAAAUCUGAUGAAGCAAUAGUGGUAUCACAGCCAUAUGUUAAGAAGACAGUGAGAAAUUUCCUUCAGGUUGCUGAUAUCCUUCCUUACAAGAAACGCAAAAAGGAGAUAAUACCUGAACCGGUCAGACGAAAGCAGGCAGCAGCAAAGCUGGCCAGGGAGGUAGAACUAGACAAGCCUCAGAAGUAGAUUGUUCCGUAUGUAAUGGAAUCGGCUAUUGUGACAUGAAAUAUUUUUUUCAUAUUUUUAUUAUAAUGUCAUAUUUUGUCUGUGCACAUUUUUUUUAUUAAUUGAAGCUUUAUUAUUAAUUAAAGUUUGUGUAUAUUUCAGGACUUCAUAAGUCUUGAAAGUAGCAUCAAUUAUUAACAUAAACCAUGGUAUAACCAAAAAUAUACAAGUAUCUUAGAUAUCAUUAAAACAGCACAAAUAACAAUUCAUUCAAAAAUUCAUAAAUAUCAAUAAUAUGUAAGAAUUCUCGUACA